UUGUAACUACUGAUACAGAUGCUGUUGUUGCAACUGUUGUUGAUGCUGCUAUGAAAUAUUGGCGUCGAUUACAAUUUUUAAUCAUUGAAUGCUGUGAACAUUUUCGGCCUUAUGGAAAGUUCUUAUCGAAAUCUGAUGAGUACCAAAGCACCAGCACGUAACAUACUUAUUCGAAUAAUACAUAUAUAAAUAACUACAUAUAUCUAAAUGCAUACACGUGUACCUUGUUUAAAUAUAUUAUAUAACUAGAUCUAAUUGCUUGCUUUAAGUCUAGUAAUUCCAUCCAUCAACUCUUGUCAUCCGUCCGUUCAUUUGAUCAACGUGUCAAGAUUGUUAGUCCGUCCGUCCGUCCAAUUUCUUUUUCACCCGUGAUUUCUUAGUUCUUUUGUUUAUCCGUUUCACUACUAGCUAGUCCGCUUAGUUUUCACUAUAUCUUGUUUUUUUUUACUGGUCAAAUCCAACGUUAAAUUAUAGCUGUUACCAUGACAAGACUGUUAGGCAGUGUUUCUCAUAUCUUGCACUGUUCAAUUGAUAACCGUUGCACACCAUCUAACAGGUAGCAGUUAGCGGAAUUAUCGCUGUCGUUGUUGUCGUCAUCAUCAUCAUCAUCCUUAGAGUUAUGACUGAUGAAUGCAGUGUAAGAUGGCUUGUACACGAAGCUGUUUAUAGCGGCGGCAGUUUGAGGCUGGAGUCGAUCAACUGUGACGUAGAGGUUUCAGUCGGUGAGUGGUGCAACCAUGGUAUCCAAUGAAAUAUAUUUAAAAUUGAACGGAAAGCAAAUGAUCGGCUGGAUGAAUGAGUAUGUACGAGUGUUAUGUUGAACAGGAGAAAAUGUAUGCUAAUCGAAUACACUGCGCUGUUUUUGUCUUGUGCUUUUUUUUUCGUUAAGAAUUUAUUACUCUAGCCAGGGUCGUUAGUAACCGUUGCUUGCAUACACCAUUCUUCUCAGCUGUCUAUUGUAUAUCAUCUCCUCGGUGGCUGAUUGCUGCGCACGCGUGUAUGCAGUGUAUCAGCGGUAGCAUACGAUACAGGGGAAAGUGAAAGUAGAACGAUAAGGAGGUAAUAGUGUAGAGGGAGGUAUAGGUAGAGUAAGAGAUGUUAGAUGGAAGUGGAUCAAGUGAAAGACUAUGAGAGGGAGAGGGAUAGGGAGAGCUACACAAAGAGUGUAAGUGAAAGGGAGGCCAAGUCUGAUGAGAGUAGCAAGUGAACGAUGGCAAUGCAGAAACAAAGUUGUUAAGAGACCACGUGUAUGGAUUUUAGGUUGUUCUUGUAAGAUGGAAUGAGCCAUAUCAAAAAUUGGCUACUUGUGAUGCACAUGGUAUCAUUUUUGUGUGGAUAAAACAUGAAGGUCGUUGGUCAAUUGAACUUAUCAAUGACCGUAACAGCAAGGUCACUGACUUUGCAUGGUCACAUGAUGGCCGUAUGGCACUUAUAUGCUACUGGGAUGGUUUUGUACUUGUGGGAUCUGUUGCUGGGCAACGAUAUUGGUCAUCCAUGCUGAAUUUGGACAAUGCCUCUAUAACUUGUGGUGUUUGGUCACCUGAUGAUCAAAAGGUGAUGUUUGGGACAUCUGAUGGACAAAUAAUUGUAAUGAGUUCUACUGGAGCAAUGUUAACUCAGGUGAUGGUUCUUGAAGGGGCUGAGAUUGGAGCUAUGUCGUGGUCCUGUGAAAAGUUCAACAUGGAUGAGGCAGAAGCUAACAAAACUGAAAAAUAUAUCCAUCCUAAUAUCAAUAUUAAUAAAUCCUACACAUUAGCUCUGUCCUUCAAAGUUGGAACUAUUUACCUGAUGUCAACUUACGAUGAUGUAUGUCCAAGAAUUAUUCAUACAAAACUUACUGGAGUCAAAAUGGACUGGUCCAACUGCGGUGAGUACUUAGCAGUGGCUGGUUUUGUACGACUUCCAAAUCUAUACUGUCGAAAUGAGCUACAUUUCUAUAGCAAAGAUGGAAAACUCUUACAUCGUGUGGUUGUACCCUCUCAGGGAAGAGUCUCUGCUGAGUGUGCUGACGGAGAAAAUCCAGAAAUGCAAGGAAGACCAGUGACUGCUCUGACAUGGGGCCACAAUGACCGCAGGUUGUUUAUAGCAUCAGGCUGUGAGAUUUAUGUAGCUUGGAUUAGCAAGAUAGUGCCCCCACUCCAGUUUUAUUGCCAAAGAACUAUACAGAAAGCCAUUCGAGAAGAAAAUAAACUCAGGAAAUUACCUUUACCAAGUAAACUUAGAAAUGGUGUGAAGGCACUGUUCUCUCCCACAGUGAAGAGUUACAUUCCAGAUCCAUUCAAGCUCCGGGAGUUUGUGAGUAUUCCACCCCCCGGGAAUGAGCGUUUAUACUGCACAAUGCUUCGGCAUGGAGAGGAGACAUCUGGAGGUCACUACACAUUGUAUCUGGAGUACCUUGGGGGUUUAGUCCCUUUGCUCAAAGGAAAACGCACCAGUAAACUAAGGCCUGAUUUUGUCAUUUUUGAUCCCAAAAUCAAAACAUUCCAAAAAGAUGACCUUGGCCAAAUUCACAGCACGGAAGGCAGCUCAGACUCAGAUUCUGAUACAGAUAUUUCUGCAGAUGGAUGUGGAUCACCCAGAAUGCAACGAAGGAAGCGACAGAAGCACUUUCGAGCUGAGAAAGUCGAAAGAAGUAUAACUUUCCGGACAUUAGAUGAACUUCUGUAUAACGAUAACCUUCCAGAAAAUAACCGCCUUGUACAGGUUUCAUCAAAUAUCUGGGGUACAAAAUUUGGAAUUUUGGGUGUGGCCCACUCAUUGCCUGAAGACUUGGGUCAAGUGCUCUAUAAAACCAGUUUACUACAUCUUCAACCAAGACAAAUGACUGUGACGGUGACAGAGCUUCUUGGAGAUACACAAGCUUUAUCACGCGACCCUAACUUCACUCCUGCUGGGUGUGGUGAGGAAGAUGAAGAUGGACCCUGGCUUGAAAUUGUCAGUGUUGUUGGUGGAGCCACAGUACCAGAUGUUAGCAUCAUUCCAGAAUCUUCUAUUGAUCCUAACUCAAGGAUAGCUGCACACUAUCCAAUGGAACCAUUUGGAACAAAUUCUAUAGGUAAUCAUAUUGAAUCUCCAAUUAUUAUUGACCGGGAAAGCUUAGCAGCAAAAUCUUCUGAAGGACCAAAUUUCACAGGUUUUCCUGCCAAUAAAACCAACCAACUCCAACCUGCUAAAAUUUCUCAGGUGAGCAUGAAUCCACGUGAUAUACACUUUGAGACAGCAAAUAACUGUAUAGUGAACUCUAACAGCAGUGAUGGGGUAAUAUCAAAAGAUGGUUAUCAAUGUUUAGGAGCAAGACCAAAAGUUCCUACUAAUGCAAACCCACCUAAAAUUACACUGGAUACAGGGCAACAGAGCCUUGUACUCAGUGAAAGUUCUAAACAACCAAAAACUGAAUUAGAAGAAAUUUUACGAACUGACAUGUCUGAUGAUAUGCCACGCUGGGCUGAUCCAGCACGUCAGAGUCUUAGGUACAUUGAUGAUGAGGGUGGUGAUAACUCUGAGCUGCCAUUAGAAGCAAACACUAUUCAGGACUGUAGCCAAUUAGUCCCUGUUACUGCCAGAGAAAACCAACCUCGUUUGUAUUUUGCUCAUCAGGACUCCCUCCCAGACAGUGACACUUUAGAAAAACCAUCCCCGUUUGCUCAUUAUUACCGAACAAGCAUAGACUCAACUACUACUGAAGAUGAUAGUGCAUCAGAAAGUACAUGCAGCCCCCAUCAUUCCCCAAUCAAAAGAACUCUUAAAAAGCAUGGUUCAGUUGAUACAGGAAUCAAUAUUUUAUCAGAUUCAGUAAAAGAAUCAACUCUAAAUCGAGGAAUAUCAAGCCAAGAAAUCAAACAGAGCGCUUCUCUGCCUUCAUCACCUGUUCGUCGAAGUCCAAAGAUGGACACACCUACACGAAGACUAAGAGAGGAAGUGUUACGUGGUAAAAGCAAACAUUAUAGCCCAGUUUUAGGCAAAAAACAGCAUCGUUACUUGAGGCUAUUAGACAGCUCUGAAGAAGAUCUGUCCUGCAGUGCUGAUGAAAAUGCAAAAGUCAUUCACAGUUUCAAAGAUCUAGAAUCAUUCCAAAAAGCACAACUUCGGCAAAAGGCUUUUGCAGAACAAUUAAAUAGAAACAGUGAAAGCAUGGAGCAGCCCUGCAAGCAAUCAAGGGUAGAUAACUGGCAAGAGAUUCGAAAAGCACGACGUCGAGGUGAACCACGACGCAUGGGUUCCAGUACUGUUUGUGCUGGACGUCAGUUUGUUAUGUACAAUAAAGCACCAUUAUGGAAUGAAGGUAGUCAAGUGUAUCAGUUAGACUUCGGAGGGCGCGUGACACAGGAAUCAGCCAAAAAUUUUCAAAUUGAGUUUAGAGGACGUCAGGUAAUGCAGUUUGGAAGAAUAGACAGCAAUGCAUAUACCUUGGAUUUUCAAUAUCCUUUCACUGCCUUGCAGGCUUUUGCCGUAGCUUUGGCGAAUGUUACUCAGAGACUCAAGUAACUUUGUCUGAUGCACGCACAACAACUCAACAAAGCACACACAUACACAACGCCAUGCGUAUACAUAUACUGUGGAACCAUGUUCAACUGACCAAGCAGCUUCCCUGCUAUAUAAUUAAUUACUGCCUGUGUUAAUUGGUCUUAUCUCUCCAGACCACUUAACCACAAUGGAUAAUGGAGAGUUAGCUUUGCUUAAUGACAGUGUUCACUGAUGAAAACUAAUAAAAAAGUAAAUUGUAAAUCUAAAAACAUAAAUGUAAUCUCAACAAACCUUUAUGACUGUUCAAAUAAUGUUGUCUGUGAAAAACUGGAAGAAAAGAGUAAGUGUUUUAGACUGAUGAGAUAUUACGACAUUAGUGUGAAGCAGGUGGUUAUUUUCGUCAAGUUCUUAUAUUCUUUUUUGUGAACCAUUUUUCUUUGAUUUUAUUUUUCAUUUCCUUUUUAUUCAUAGCAAGCAUCUCCAGACAUAUUAGCUCUUUAAAAGAAUAUGAAUCUGAAUGAAAAGAAGAAGGAAAAAAAAAGCAAAACUAAAUCUAAAAAUAAAAUUUGCUGGCUGACUACUUAUGUAUUUAUUUAAAAUUACAUAAGUGGCAAAUGGAGAAGGAUGAGAGUUUGGACAGUUCUAAUUUAUUUAUUUAUUUAUUUAUUUAUCUAUUUAUUUAUUUAUUCACUCAUUCAUUGAAUCAUUCAUCUAUUUAUUUAUUCAUUCAUUCAUUCAUUUAUUUAUUUGAUGAGCUGUUUGAGGCAUUAGAAGUUAAACAUAUCAGACAUUGGUAAACCUAUUUCUGCACUGGCCUACUACUGUUUCUAUUGAAGUUUAUGUUUGAUGUGGACAGUAACUAAUCUCUGACAAGACUUAUCAAUAUGAUUCUACUGUAGAUAUAAAGCACAAAUUUGCAGGACAUUUAAAUCGAAUUCCAAUAUAACAAAAUAGCUAAAAUAAUUUCAAAUGUUUCAACUAAAAAAAAGAGAAAGAGAGGAAAAAGUAAUAUUCGUUCUAUCUUCAAAUCUUAAAAUAGAUUCUGUCCUGAUUAUUCAGAUUGAAAAUGAAAAUAUUUUCCUGCUUUUAUCAUCAUUGUUAUUAUUAUUAGUUCAUUAACAAAAUAAUAACAAUAAUAAUAAAAAUAAUACAUCAAACAAACAAGGCCAUAUAUUUGUAAGAAUUUCAUCCAAUCCACUAAACCAUAUGCUUCUCAAGUUAUUUUAGCAAUAUUUCCAAUGCUUAUCAGUGAAUAGGCUGUAAGUUGUAAAUGACCAGAAUAACUCUGCUCUGACUGGCUGGCCAUAAGUCUGUUGGUCAUAUACUUUAUGACAAGUACACUAAAUAUAUUGGUUCAAUUCAAACAUAACACCUCGAACUCAGAAGGAAUAUUUUCUAAUCUUUCACAGUAUUUAGAUAAUAAACAAAACUACAAAGUAUGAUAUUUCAGAGGAAUAUAUAAAUUCGUUUAUUCCUUUACUGACUUUAGUCAUUGGACUGCAGCCAUGCUAAGAGACUACCACCCCUUCAAGGAUUUUUAGUCUAUAAUAUCAGUCCACAGUUUUUAGAUGGAUACUCAUUUUAUUUAUCUCUAAGGUCAUCUAAGUUACAUCCCUUCUAAAGAAUUACCUCCCACCUUACAGGUUUAAAUAUCACAAGUAAUUUUCACCAAUAUAUUCAACACAUACUUAUCUGUUUAUAUAUCUACAUGCAUGUAUACAUACAUAUUUGACAGGCUUCCAUACAGUUUCCAUCUAUCAAAUUUCACUCAUAAAGCAUUGAUCAAUUUUGGACUCUGCUGUGCAGGACACUUACUCAAGGUGCUGUAAAGUGGAAUUGAGCCUAGAAUCAUGUGGCUGUGAAGUGAACUCAUAUGCACACACGUACGUACAUGCACGCAUACAUGCUUGUGUAUGUUAGUGUUUAUAACAUGCAGAUCACUAUCAUAAAACAUACCUAAGCUAGGUAAUAUAUAUGUGUGUGUACUUAUAUACAUAUCUGUAUAAAAUGUCUACUUUGUCAUUUGGGAUGCUAGAAAUAACAACCAAAUCUCCCUCAAUCAUAUCCCACCAUCUUAGAAAAGAAAAUGUGACCCUGAGUUCUCCCAUACACAUGGAAAAGACAGGAUGGCCAUAUGUUUACCAAAUCAGGACUGACCUAUGUUAGCACUGACAACAACAGUAAGAAAAAUGUACCUCUUCUCUGGUUAUCUGGUUUCCCCUCAUCUUGGUCAAAAGCAUGAAACUUUUGGAAACUUAGAGGAUUCAUUUCUAAAUAUUUAAUUAGUAACUUUUCUAUGAUUGUUUCUGCUUGAUCAGAGCUGAUGAACAUCAACUAACAACCGGACACAAAGAAAAUCUUAUCUGAGACUGCUCUUGGUUCUACAAUACAAAACUUACUCUUUUAAAGUGUUUAUAUUUAAACUAAAACCUGCCAUUAUAAUUUUCAGUAAGGACCUUUUCGCAAAUAACAUUCUAAACACCAAAGUCAGUUACUAAAUCUCUCUAUAUUCUUCAUUAUUUUCAAAGACAAUGUACUUUAUUAAAAAUACAGCAUGCUGGAUACCUGUUUCAACAUUGGAAUCAACAUUAAUAACUGUUCUAUCCGAUCUAUUCAAUGCUCACACCAAAAUAUGUUUAUAGAAUGAUAAUUCAGCACAAGAAUGUUAUUUGGAAAAUUCAAACAUUUGGAGGUAAUAGUAUUUUAAGAAAUUGAUAGUAUAUUGGAUUCAAAUUUUGGCACAAGGCUAGCAAGUUUGGGGGAGAGGGUAAGGCUUAUUACAUCAAACCCAGUGCUCAACUGGUACUUAUUUUAUCAACCCCAAGAGUAUGAAAUGCAUAGUAGAAAUUGGUUGGAUUAGAACUCGGAGCAUAAAGACAGAUAAAAUGCAGCUAAGCAUUUUACUUGGCAUACUAAUUAUUCAGCAAGCUUGCCACCUUAAAUUGAUAAUAUAUUAAUAAAUUUAAUCAUUCUAGUUGAUUUAAAAUCAAUUUAAUUAGAUUUAUAAGGAUUCAUAUACUACAUCUAUAGCAUAGCAGUCCUAAAAGCUUCAAUUCUACAAUAGUUACUUCAAUUGUUAUUUAUUUAGUUAUUUACAUACACAAUAGGAUUUGUUAUUUACAUACACAAUAGGAUUAAGAUGGUAUUUUAAAAGAAUUUUCUUGAAAGCAUACAUCUAUCCAUUUGUAGAACAUUUCUGUUUCUACAAAACCCAUUUGCAAAACAUGAAAAUAUGAAUUAAAAAGAUAAUUAAAAAAUUAUACACAAUACCAAAAUAGAUAAUGCAUUUAUUAUUAUGUAUAUGAAAUAUAAAUAUAUAUUAAGGGAUCCAUUUUGACUGAAAAGGAUAUGGUGUAAGAACUCUCUUACAUGAUUAAUUGAAACACAUGUAUUAAGUACAUUCAAAAUAUUAGCAUUUAGUUUUAUCUUUAUUAUGCGUGUGUGUGUGUGUGUAGAUUCCAUUUAGGUUUUAACUUUGGAGUUUGCUUUAUUAAGAUCAUCCACAGGUACUGGCUAUCAGAUAUAAAAUAUAAACCAGAUCUGGAUAGUUUUGUUGAGGAUACAUCUGAAAUCUGCAAAUGUCAAAUAAGUAUUAAGGAAAAUGGAGCAAGUAAUUUGUUCUAUUAAAUAAUAUAAUUAAUUGCUCACUCUUUUCACUUUGUAAAUAUAUAUACAUAUAUAGCAUAUACAGUCUUGUAAUGAAAACAUGAAGGAAAUGAUAAUCAAUCAAUAAAGUUUAUUAAUGCAAAUACAAAAUAGAUUUCAUCCCAUAUCAAAAUUAUAAAGUAAUCCUGAUAAAAUGACAUAUUACACAACUCCAGUACAAAAGCAGCUUAUGCUGCUUAGUAUGCAGUAAUUGAAUAAGUGAAUGAAAGGAACAAAAGAAGCAGGUAUACAAUAGACAUGUUUCAGAAAUGCAUGGUAUCUGUAUUACAUAACAUUAAAGCUGUUACAUAUUUCUACCAUGCACUUCAUCUUUGGGUGAACUCUGUUCAUGUUGUGAUAUCAUAUUUAAAUGUUACAUAAUAUAGGCUCUAUGCAUUUCUGAAACAUGUGUAACACAUAACUACUUCCAUUCCUUUCAUUUACUUUAUAUAUAUAUAUAUCUGUAUAUAUGUGUGUGUGUGUGUGUGAGGCUCUAAUGAAGCUAUAAGGUACCCAACUAUGAGUCCACUGCAUCUUAUAGUAGAAACAGCUGUAGGCUAAUACAGUUCCUUUGUCUUCAACUAGUAGAAUGUUAUAAGAGUAACUGAAAGGUUGAGAGUUUGGUGCAUAUCACUUAUCAAAUAAUAAAAUGGUAAAAUAACAAAAAUACAUUUAUUCAUAUAUAGGAUUUUCUUUCUCCUAUUGUACUAAACCUGCACAUACACACAUGUGUAUAUAUAUUUAUGUGUGUCUGUGAAGGAGGGAGCACGACUACUGUAGAAGACCCAUGCUGACAGGGAAAACAUGAAUAUAAAAUAAUGAAUGAUUUAGAAUAUAUAUAUGUGUGUGUGUGUAUAUAAAUAUAUACUUUCUGGUAAAUAUAAAUAUAUUUUACUAUUUGAGUAUUUUUGAGUUUGUGUGUGUGUGUGUGUGUCUGCAUAUGUUUAUGCAUAUACACAUCAAUGCAUACACAUGUGCAUAUGUGUACACACACAUACAUGAAUAUGCUCCUCACAGUUUCCUGACCUUUUGUUUUAUAGAAAUAAAGGAAGUCUAGCAUGUCAGUCCUUUGCUUGAGUGAACAUUGAACAUUUGUAAGAAGGGGGAAAAUUCUAGGAAUGGAAAUUAAGGAAAUGAUAUUAGCAGUUGCAACAGUUGUUCUGCUGCUGCCGCUAUUACUACUACUACUACUACUACUACUACUACUACUACUACUACUACUACUACUACUACUACCACCACUACUACUACUACUACUAAUAAUAAUAAUAAUAAUACUAUUGCCGCUGCUGGUCAUGCUGCUGCUGCUACUACUACUACUACUACUAUUACUACUACUACUACUACUACUACUACUACUACUACUACUAUUGUGAUGAUGUUUAUGAUGAUGAUAAUAAUAAUAAUAAUAAUAAAUAAUGUGCAUUUUUACUUUCCGAUCUCCAGAUUUAAUCUGUGAAUGAUUAGAUAGAAUUCCUUCAAAGUUUGAAAAUUAAAAAAAAAACAAUAAAAUAUGAGAGAGAGAGAGAGAAUAAAGAAGAAUAUAUGACAACAUGAAAGAAAUUUGAAAUGUUUUAUUACAAACACAGCAACAACAAAAACCAAACAAAAGAAAGAAAAUGAAAGACAUUUUUUUUUUCCAGAAAUUCUGUAAUAUUUAUAAGAUUAUUUAUUCAAUUAUUAUAUUUUUAUUUAUAUUUUCCAUGGCUAUUUUUUUCCUUCAUUUCAUUUCAUUCAUUGAUUUUUUUUAAUUAUUAUUUUUUUUUAUGUUAAUUUUCAUCUGUAUUUCU